CUUCGUUUAUUGUGUUUACAUGUGUUAUUGAAUUCAAACCAGAAAUUAAGGUUAAUUUAUAUUUAUUUAAUCUGUUGCUCCAUUUAAAGUUGUAGAGCAGUGGAUUAAUUGCCCAAUAUUUGGCGUUAUGAAGAGCUUACAAAAGUGUUUAUCAAAAGCAAAUGAUAAUGGAUGCAUCAGUACUAUCAGAUGAUGAGAAAAAGUUUAUGGAUGAGGCGUUUAAGUAUGCUCAGGAGGCGCUAGAAGCACAGGAAGUUCCUGUAGGAUGUAUUUUUAUUUAUGAAAACGAAAUUAUUGCUUUAGGGCGAAACGAGGUGAACCGAACCAGGAAUGCCACCAGGCAUGCUGAAAUCAUAUGCAUAGAUCAAGUAAAUGAGUACGCGAAGAAAAACGGAUUGGACUUGAAGAGUGUUCUUGCAGAAACUUCGGUUUAUGUUACAGUCGAACCCUGCAUCAUGUGCGCUGCAGCGUUAUACAAUGUUAAUAUAAAAUCAAUAAUCUUCGGAUGCCAAAACGAUAGGUUUGGAGGCCAAACAGUUUUCGAUGUAGCCAAGGUUUUGGGACCGAAAACCACAGUCAAAGGUGGCUUCAGAGCGGAGGAAGCCAUGGGACUACUCAAGGAAUUUUAUAAAGGCACUAAUCCUAGCGCUCCUUCCACUAAAGUCAAAACGAAAGGAAAGAAAAUGUGAUUCCUGAAAUGAAAUAUUGAUUUAUAUUAA